AUGGAGCACUUCUGGUCACAAGCAUCCUCCUCCUCGCAGCCUCGCAUCUCCCAAAUCCGGCGUCGCCUACCCCACUUUCCCUCGGCUCCCUUGCGGAUCCAGCGAGUGUCACAGCUCGACGCUGAACUCCUUGAUGCUGAGCUUACAACCAUGCUACUCGAGCCAGUCAAGGCAAGCAUGGCUCAGAUUCGGAGUACGCUGCCGGACUCGUUGGAGCCGGAGCUGCUGGCACUGCUGAAAGUGGUGCUGUUUAAAUAUAGCAUCUGGGAUCGCGGGGCGAGCUACGGAGCCAUGCUGCAGAACUUGAGAUACAGGAAUGAGUGGGCACAUAGAGGAGGACUGCAAUCCACCUUUCUCUCCGCGCCCUUGUCCAAGGUCCAGCUGCUCCUCUAUCCUCUUCUCACCAUCGGCAUUCCCUACGCUCAUGAGCGCUUCCAUCGUCAUAUGAGCGGGACAAACUUCUCCGAUCUGCCUCCCAGCGACCCGCGGCGGAUGGUCUGGUCAAUUUCGGAUAAGCUCGAGAAAGCCUACGAGGCGCUGGCUUUGGCUAAUUUCGUCGCCUUCUUGAGCGAUGGCAAAUACCGGACCGUGACCGAUCGCGUGCUAGGCAUGAGGUUGACCUAUGCCCAGAGGACUCUGAACCGAAACGUGUCCUUCGAAUACCUCAACCGGCAGCUUGUGUGGCAUGCCUUCACAGAGUUCCUCUUGUUCCUACUACCCAUCAUCCGUCCACGCCGCCUGCUUCGGCGUCUGAUGCGUCUCCCUGCCCAUCCUCGAAUUCUCUCCUUCUGGCUACACGUUCUACCCAUCUGGCUCUCCAAGCGUGUAGGUCUCUACCGCGAUACUGUGGGCAGACCACGGUACAAACUGCCCUUUCGGAUCCCCCUCGUCACAUCUUCUAGCCAGAACAGCUCGAAGGGCGCCACGUCGAAAGGCAAGUACGUCGAUCUACCGCCAGAGAUUUGCGCCAUCUGCUGGGAACAGAUUGAGGGUGAAUCCUCCGCCUCGAACAGCGGUGCGCUAAGCGUGGGUAUCCCAACUUCGGACCCGCUGGACCCAUCCUCGAGCGCCCUUGCUCCGUCUGCCUCAUCUUCGUCCUCUGCAUCGAGGGGUGCUAGUACCAGCACAAGAAUGCAGCGCUACCACUCUGCCUCGCGACAGUUUGGAGUCGCUUCAAAUGGAAUCCCCUACAGCGUUGCUUUGCUUCAUACGCCCUACAAGGCCAACCCGUGCGGGUGCAGGUACUGCUAUGUCUGCCUUGCAGGCAAGCUUCUGAGUGAAGAAGCAGGCGAGGAGCUCGAGGAUAGCCGGACUGCCGUCGGGGUGCAGCAGCAUGGAGAAAAGGGUGGGCAGGGCUCAGAGGAGGGCGUUGGAGCUUGGGACUGUCUGCGAUGCGCGAGGAAGAUCAGGGGAAUGGAGAGGCAUCUCGACGAUCACCAUGAAGACGGAGGGGCUGUGGGUACGAAUGGUGAAGCCAGUGCGCCCAGAGGCGGGUCGAAACGCAGGUCAAAGGGAGGCAAGGGAAGCAGGGAGAAGAUGCCAGUCGAGGAUGCAUCUGACCCCUUCGUCGUCCCAGAAGAAGAACCGGAGGAGGAGGAGGAACUGGAUCUCGCAGAACUGUAA